AUGGGACAAAUUUGUAGCAUAGAAGAGCCAGGGUUAAGACCGCAGCCAUUGCAUGGUAAAGCUUUAAGCGAAAGAGUAGCAAAACUUGAAGAUAGAAGAGAUACGACUGAGUCUGAUUUUAUAAUUUUGAAUCAAAGCUCUAUAAAAGACGUUUCCCCAGAUGACAGAAAUAGUUUGGCAAAGUCAUGAAGCGUUUUAUCCUCAAGAAGUACACUUUACAGUGAAAAUGCCCUAGAAGAUAGAAAAAGCACCAGUUUGGGAAAUGAAAUUGGACAAGCUAACGAUGCUAGAUCACAGGCCCAAUCCUUACACCCUAACAAAAUUUUUUCUUGUGCACUGGAUUUUGAAGAAUACCCAGAAACUGUCAGCAAAUUUUGAAUCCCAAUCGAAAAAAUGACUGAAAUUGGAAAAUUCAAUAAAACAUUUGUUCAAAAUGUAAAGCAAAUAAAAGAAAAAGGAUUCGGGGCUUGGAGAAAAAGCAGGGGAGAUGGAAACUGCUAUUAUCGUGCUGUAUUUUUAAUGUACCUGGAAAAUCUGUUUAGCUUUAGAUAUGACUAUACUGAGACGUUGUGAAAUUUGAUAAAUUUCCUUGAAAAUAUGGAUUAUGAGAUUCCUUUUACUGAUUUUUUGGACAAUAAGCUAAAGUUUAUUGCUUAUAUGAAAAUCCUUAUGAAAGUCAAAGAAAGUAGCUAUACAGAUGCAUUCGUUGAAUUUAAGAGAGUAGCACAGGUUAGAGAUUUUGAUUUAGCUAUGAUUGCAACUGCAAGGCUUUUGGCAGCCUAUAAAAUUGCUUCAAAUGACCCUAGCAUAGCACCAUUCAUUUUUGAAGAUCAGGAAAUGAUGAUUAUGCAGAUUCUUACUAUGGGGGAAGAAGCUGAAGGCAUUGCUUUGCUGACUCUGCCAAUAUCUCUUGGUAUUCAAGUUAUUCAGUAUAACUUUUUUGAUAAAGUUGUAGAACAGAAAUUCCCUGACUCCACCCCUUCUCCAUUGAUAAGCAAUAUAUAGGAAAAGCAAUGCAUUUAUGAAAUAGCCUCAAAAUAUAAAAAUUAUUCAAUCAAAUAUUAUGAUAAUUAAUGCUUAUUAUAAUGAAAUCUCUAUCUGUUUCCAUUAUUAAGCAUAGAAUAUUUUAGUUUUUGGGGAAAAAUGAUAUAACUAUUUUUUUCUAACAUAGCCCUUCAGAAAAAUGUAUUUUACUUCCCAAAGGAGUGAAGAAAAUGACUCAAAUUUCUCACCUAUAUUCAUAAUUCGUAGAGGUGGGCAUUAUGAUAUUUUAUGUAAAAAAUCAGACCUGGAGGCUCAAAAUUAUGAUUUGAAAACUGGAACCUAUUUACUUCCCUUAUAA